GUUUAGAGGUCGACGGCUCGUGACCAGGGAGGGGUUAACAUACAUUCCACUUUCUCAUCACUUCCUUUAAAUUGCGAACACUACACAGAUUUUCAAGGGUCUUCUCUUUUUCCAUACACACUCUCCUCUCAAACAAAGAUUUAGAUCGAGAUCGAGAUCGAUAACCAUGGAGCUAUUCUACUUGAUAGUGUUUGGGGCCUUAGGAGUUGUCGUUGCAACAAUGGAGCUCAGCAAGAGCAACAAAGAUCGAAUCAACACUCCUUCUGCUUUCAAUUCCUUCAAGAACAAUUACCUCCUCGUCUACUCCCUUAUGAUGGCUGGUGAUUGGUUGCAGGGGCCGUAUGUCUACUACCUUUACACCACUUACGGUUUCGGGAAAGGAGAUAUCGGGCAGCUCUUCAUUGCUGGUUUCGGAUCUUCCAUGCUCUUUGGGACAAUCGUUGGAUCCUUAGCUGACAAACAUGGUCGAAAAAGAGCUUCAAUUACUUACUGCAUAACCUACAUUCUGAGUUGCAUCACCAAGCAUUCACCUCAGUACAGAAUUCUAAUGGUGGGGCGUAUAUUGGGUGGGAUUGCCACAUCUCUCCUCUUUUCAGCCUUCGAAUCAUGGCUUGUUGCUGAACACAACAAGAGAGGUUUUGAGCAACAAUGGCUAUCAAUUACAUUCUCCAAGGCAAUAUUUCUUGGGAAUGGACUAGUUGCCAUUUUAGCUGGUUUAUUUGGAAAUCUUUUAGUUGGUUCAUUGGCCAUGGGACCUGUUGCUCCAUUUGAUGCAGCUUCAAUCUUUCUUGCCAUUGGAAUGGCCAUCAUCAUAUCAUCAUGGACUGAAAAUUAUGGUGAUUCAUCAGAAAGCAAAGAUCUAAUGACCCAAUUCAGGGGUGCUGCUGUUGCAAUUGCAUCAGAUGAAAAGAUAGCAUUAUUGGGUGCGAUACAAUCUUUAUUCGAGGGUUCAAUGUACACUUUUGUGUUCUUAUGGACACCUGCUUUAAGCCCAAAUGGUGAAGACAUUCCACAUGGUUUCAUUUUUGCUACUUUCAUGUUAUCUUCCAUGUUAGGAAGCUCUUUAGCUUCUCGUUUAUUAGCACGUGCAUCAAUCAAAGUUGAAAGCUACAUGCAAAUUGUCUUCAUCAUCUCUUCAGCCUCUCUCUUGCUUCCAGUCAUCACAAGUUCUUUGGUGGCUCCUUCGAAAGAGAAAGGUGGAAGUAUAAAAUUUGCAGGGUGUAUUCAGUUGAUUGGAUUCUGUGUGUUUGAAGCUUGUGUUGGUUUAUUUUGGCCAUCUAUUAUGAAAAUGAGGUCUCAAUAUAUUCCUGAAGAAGCAAGAAGUACAAUUAUGAACUUUUUCAGGAUUCCACUUAAUAUCUUUGUAUGCAUUGUACUUUAUAAUGUUGAUGCAUUCCCAAUUACUGUAAUGUUUGGAAUGUGUUCCUUUUUCCUUUUCAUUGCAUCUAUGUUGCAAAGGCGGCUUUUGGGGGUUGCAGAGAGAUCAAGGCAAGAUAAGGGGAGGGAAUUGGAGGCGGAACCACUCAAUAUCUAAUUACCCAAGAUUAAGAAAUGUAUUGGGAUUUUAUAUUUUAUAGAUCAAUUUUUGUUAAAAGUCGUGUGUUAAAUUUAAAAACAUAUUGGCAUCUAUGCAUCGAGGAGCCAUAGUUGGUGAUGAAGAACACAAAGAGAAAGAAUUAAAAGUUGAUUGAGAAUAAGGAAGUCGGUAUACCAUUAAUAUAUAGUGUAUUAUUAAGUUUUUGUAAUCUGAUAGAACGAUUUGACAACGGUUAUUUCUAACCUAAGUUGUUUCAACAUUUUGUAAUGCUG